AUGGCCACACCAUCAGCGUCUUCAGACGCUUCUUCAGUGCCUUCUGCGCCCCGCAAGUACAAUCUCCGCAACCCGCUUCCCCUCUCGGCAUCCCAGGAACAAGAAGUCAAGCAGCUUUACUACAAGCGCGUACGAGCUCGCUGUGCGCCGGAGAUCAAGGCCUUCGCCGAAUGUGCCGUGAACCGUACUGUUACUGCCACCUGGGUCUGCCGCCAGCAGCGCCUCAUCAUGAACUCCUGCAUGGUAACCCACGCCAACAACCGGGAAGAAGAAGACCGCGCACGCGAGGAAUGGUUUGCAACACAUGAAGAGCGCCGCCGUGCGAAAGAGGAGGAACUAGUUCGUGUCGAGAAGCGACGCGAGGAAGUCAUUCGCAUGAUGCGGGAAGACGAGGAGCGGACGCGGCAGAAGGCACAGGGUAAUUGA